AUGUCAUAUAUUAAAAAGAUUAUUUCAACAAAACCAUUCUCUGGUCAAAAACCUGGAACUUCUGGUUUAAGAAAAAAAGUUUUUGAAUUUCAACAACCAAAUUAUACUGAAAAUUUUAUUCAAUGUAUCUUAAAUGGUGGACUUGGUGAUAAAAAACAAGGUUCUACUCUUGUUGUUGGUGGUGAUGGAAGAUAUCUUUGUCCUGAGGCUGUUAGUCUUAUCAUAAAAAUUUCUGCUGCAAAUGGUAUUUCUAAACUUAUAAUUGGUAAAGAUGGAAUUCUUUCAACUCCAGCUGUUUCAAAUUUAAUUAGAAAAUACAAGACAUCAGGUGGUAUAAUACUUACAGCAUCACAUAAUCCUGGAGGCCCAAAAAAUGACUUUGGUAUUAAAUUUAAUUGUUCUAAUGGUGGUCCAGCACCUGAUAAUGUAACUGAAGAAAUUUUUAAUUUUACCAAGACAAUUACAAAUUAUGAAAUAUGUCCUGAUCUUCAAGUUGAUUUUAGUGUAUUAGGAGAAAAUAAGUAUAAUAUUGAGGGUGUUGGAGAAUUUAGUGUACAAGUAAUAGAUCCAGUUGAUGAUUAUGUAAAAUUAAUGAAAGAAAUUUUUGACUUUGAUGCCAUAAAAACUUACAUUUCAUCUGGAAUUAAUGUUCUUGUAGAUUCACUUCAUGGUGUUACAGGACCAUAUGCUAAAAAAAUAUUAAUUGAUGAAUUAGGUUGCCCUGUAUCAUCUGUUUUAAAUGCAACACCAAAACCAGAUUUUGGUGGUGGUCAUCCUGAUCCUAAUCUUACAUAUGCUGCUGGUCUAGUCAAUGUUAUGAAAAGUGGUACAUAUGAUAUUGGAGCCGCUUUUGAUGGAGAUGGUGAUAGAAAUAUGAUAUUAGGAAAAUAUGGUUUUUUUGUUACUCCAAGUGAUUCAUUAGCUGUUAUUGCUAAUAAUCUUGAACAUAUCCCAUAUUUUAGAAAAUCAUCAGUUAAUGGUUUUGCUCGUUCAAUGCCUACAGGAAUGGCAGUUGAUUUAGUUGGUAAAGCUAAAAAUAUUAAUGUUUAUGAAGUACCAACAGGUUGGAAAUAUUUUGGAAAUUUAAUGGAUGCUAAAAAAAUAUCACUAUGUGGUGAGGAAUCAUUUGGUACUGGUUCUGAUCAUAUUAGAGAAAAAGAUGGUAUUUGGGCAUUUUUAGCUUGGUUACAAAUUUUAGCAGCUCAAAAAAAAUCUGUUGAAGAUAUUAUUAAAGAACAUUGGCAAACAUUUGGAAGAAAUGUCUUUUUAAGAUAUGAUUAUGAAAAUGUUGAUGCACAAAGUGCUAAUUUACUUAUGUCAUUUUUAAAACCUCAAUUAAUGGUUUUACCUGGAAGUGAUAUUGAAUCUAAUGGUAAAAAAUUUAGUGUUAUUAAAGGUGAUGAUUUUAAUUAUACAGAUCCUGUUGAUAAUAGUGUCACAAAAAAUCAAGGAUCAAGAAUAUUUUUUUCUGAUGGUAGUCGUAUUGUAUUCCGUUUAUCUGGUACAGGUAGUGCUGGUGCUACUAUUAGAUUAUAUUGUGAAUAUUACAUUCCAAAGUCUGAUAGUGAAAAUUUAUACAAAAAUGCUCAAGAUCUUCUUAAACCAUUAGCACUUGUUGCAUUAGAUAUUUGUAAGAUGGAACAAUUUACUGGACGCAAGGAACCAACUGUUAUAACAUAA